AUGGAUCUAAACCUUUAUGAAAAGUCGCGUAUUAAAAAUCGUUCACACGAACGUGAUCUCAUACAGAAAAGUCUAUUUACUAAUUGGAUUAAUGCUCAAUUAGAUGGAGUGUAUCCAUCAGAAUUUCUUUCCUAUUUGUCUUAUCCAAAUGAUCCGCAUAACAAUUGGACAUGUUAUAGUGGAUCCGUCAAUACAUCAAUGCCACGUUCUCCAUCACUGCAUACCUGGCAGUCAUCACCGUGCACACAUAGAUCUCAUUCAGCCGGACAUACAUAUCUAGUCAAAGAAUUAUACAAUGAUUUAAGAGAUGGAAGAAUUUUAUUACGUUUACUAGAAUUACUAUCUGGAAGACACUUUGCCAGAACAAAUCAUAGUCAUAUGAGAAUUCAUCAACUUGAAAAUAUUAAUAGGGCAUUGGACUUUCUUUCAGAAGAAGGUGCACAUUUAGAAAAUGUUGGCGCACAAGAUAUUGUCGAUGGUAAUCCAAGACUAACCUUAGGUCUUAUAUGGACAAUUAUACUACACUAUCAGGUUCAAGACAUUAUUGUUAAAGAAUCCGAUGAGACUGGUGAAGUUCGACAUGCAAAGGAUGCUUUACUACUUUGGUGUCAGUUGAAAACUGCUGGAUAUCCUCAGGUUGAAAUCGUUGAUUUCACAAAAAGUUGGCGAGACAGUCUGGCGUUUGCAGCCUUACUGCAUAGACAUUAUCCAAAUCUUAUUGAUUUUGAUGAGAUACGCUGCAUAGAAAAUUCUCAAGUGCGGCUGGAAAUUAUUUUCCAACAGGCUUAUUUACAUUUAGGAAUACCCAUAUUAAUUGAAUCAAAAGAUUUCAUCCAGACAUGCUGGUUAGAAGAACGAUGUGUACUGACACUUGUGGCCACAUGGUAUAGAUGCCUGACAACGUCACACAGCACUCACUUAUCCUGUGAAAGAGUGACCAAAGUUAUACAACAGAGUCUGGCUAUUAGUCGCAGCAUUUUUGAAUAUAUGAAACAGACUAAACGCUGGUUAAAGUGGUGUAGCGUGAACAACAAACUGUUAAAUCAAUUGCUAGUGAAACUGAACGCAACUGAUGCAAUCAGAAAUGAGCUGGAUGUGAAACAAGAAUUACAAAAUUUACUAUCUUGGCGACAAAAAGAAAAAGCGGAGAAAAUGUCUGAUUUAGUCCAACUGGAAACUCUUUUGAGUGAAAUUCACACCAGUCAACUGGCAGCAUCACAUCGAUUAUUUAAACCACCGAAUGGCUUUCAUUUAAACGAUCUGGAAGAGUCGUGGAAAUCUCUGACUCUCGUUGAACAUAACUGUCAUUUGGCUAUUAUUGAUGAACUACUGAGAAGAGAAAAUUUGGAGAUUUUAGGUCAGAAAUAUGAGCGUAAAACAGAAUUAUGCCUCAACUGGUUACACGAGAAUAUUCAAAUUAUCAAGAUAGCAUCAAGUACAGAGGACAUGAAAUUUUUAGAACACAUGAAUUCCCUGGAAAACUACUUUAUUAAUAUAUGCAGCAAACAGUUUGAUGCAGUACAUCAAUUCCCACAGAAUGAAUUAAUCACUUAUCGACAUCAGAUCACAGCAUCACGACAUAAACACGCCGCUUUAAUCACUGACACUGAGACAUACGUGAAUUUAAAAUUACAAAGAUUAUGCGAGCUUUCUUCAAUACUGACUUCCUCGAUAAAUUAUAGUCUGCGUGAUAAAUAUAAGAAACAAUGGAAUAUGAUCUUAGAAGGAAAUAAAAAACUGCAAGAUAAACUAAAUAGUCGUGAAAAUUAUUUAAAACUAUGUCAAGAAUGGUUGGAUCUCUUACUUCAACUGAAUGAUCAACUACAAAAAUUCGGUACUAAAAUGCUACAGCUGAAACACUUAACGGAGGUUAAUAGAACCAAUUCAGUAGACACAUGCUUAGAUCAAAUUCAAAUGGAUAUGAAUCAGUUAGUUAUAUGGAUAGAAUCUGUUAAAGAUUUAUUGAAUAAUAUCACUAGUUCAGAGAAUAAACACACUGAUGAUAGUGAAAGUGACGCUACUCCAAGAACACAUUUACAAAUGAAUGUGCUGAACAGUUUAAAUUACAUUCAAAUGUAUCGUUCAAACUUGGAAAAGAAUUUGUGGGAGACAAGUCAGUGGAAUGUGGCAGUGAAAAAUGUCUACCGUUUAUUGAAUGAGAUAAAUGAAGAACUUUUGUGGAUUAAGGAUCAAGAAAAUUCAAUUGAACCACCGAAUUUUAAUAAGAAUGAGUUAGCUGAGCAUUUUGCAUGUGUUAGCAUAACAACACAUCAGUUGCAAAGCAAAUCACGUCUACUUGACGCUGAACUUCAAUCACGAUAUAGAGUUAAUUAUUUUCACCACUCAUUUUUAGUACCAGAUCAAAGUUUAUGCGAACGUUUACAACAGGUUAUUAGUCAAAUAAACCCUGCAGACUUUUAUCAAUUAAGCAUAGACGAUAUUAAUUCUCUGAGUAUUACACGCAGUACACAACUAUUGGACGAAAGUCAUGAAUAUCCUGAAAAAAUGAUCAAUGAGUUAGAUAAAUGUGUUUUGAUAAAAAUUUAUGAAGACAUUUUGAAGUGUAUGCAAGAAUUGUAUACACAAAGUGACAAUAGCAGCAACAGUAAUGACCAGAAUAGUUCACCGAAUACAUCAGACACUUGUGAAGAGAUUCGAUGUAAAGAACGCCAAACAAAAACUAUAGAGUUUGUCGGCCUACUGCAAAGAUAUUGGAGCAAAUUAUUAGAAUCAAUUAAAGUUAUACAGAACAAGCUAUUACAGCAUAACCAUUAUUUAAAUGUAUUACAUAGUUUAGUGCUAACAAACAUGAAAAUUGAAGAAACCAGUCUAAGAAUAUGUGAAACAUAUAACAGUGUAAAUAUCACACUGAUGCUUGUCACCAAUACGGGAAAUGUUGAAGAAUUUGAAGAGGAUGAACAGUCACAGAAGGAAAGCCAAAUGGGAACGUUGUUGAAGGAACCUUUUGAUGUAUUGAAUGCACAUACUGCUCUUACUGUUGACAAAGAAGUUGUAAUUAAUUCAACAUUAAGGCAGAUGGAUCAUAUAAUUGAACAACUGAAAUUAUUCCCUAAACACUUGAUACGUUUAAGAAAAGAAGUGUCCAUUUUUCUGGUAUCAAAAUCAGUGUUAAAUGAAAAUGAUCAUGCGGAAUAUUUACGAUUGAAAACAAAAUUGAACAAUCUCAGUACUCAUAGACAACAGCGUAAAGAGAUUCGAUUUCAGUCUGCACAUAAAGUAGACGAUGAUCAAGGAGAAGAUAAAAGUACAAGUUAUAGUGAUAAUGUUUCAUUAACUGGUGCACAAACUAUCAGUUCGUCAUUUGAAGAUGAAGUUGUCCCAGUAAUACACAAAUCGAGUAUUGAAGAGGAGGAAGAAGUUAAAGACGAAAGACAAGAAGGCAAAGAUGACACACAAACUGAAAAACCCACUGAACAAGGCGAAACCAUCAAUAUAAAGGAAGACGAUGGCCAAGAUGUGUCGUUUACAAAUGAAUCCGUCGAAAAUAUAGAAGUAUUCACUUCAGCCUUAUCGAAAUCCUCAUGUGAAGAACUUAGAGAAGAUAAUGAUAGUGAUGAAUACUUUGAAAAUGAUUUUAAAACACCAUUGAAUUCACCAGAAGCCCAUGAACUGAGCAUUUUACUAUUACCACAUAUCUCGACAAUUGCUUAUUAUUUGCUGAAUCGCUUAGAUUUCAUUCAUAUGAAUUUAAAAGAUUAUGUGGAGGACUGCUUAAGACAAAGGGAUAUUUUAGAAAUUCAACGGAAUGUUUUACGCCUUGUUGAUAACGUUACAUCAUUAGAAAGUUGGAUUGAAGAAAAAGAGAAGAUUUUACUGACCUUCAAUCCUAUAAUAUAUCCUUCAGUGAAAUUUAUACAAUCCUUACCGAAACCAUGCCCAAUUGUCAUUACCAAAGAAAUUAUUCAGUCAAUAUCUCAAUUGUCUGUGCAGGCCUAUCGAUUUAAGACAUUUGAGAAUGAGCUGACAAGUCAUGCUAAUCUAAGGCUUAGUGAAAUCGGAAUGCUUGAUCAAGGCCUAUGUGACACUUUUAGUAAACUCGAUAAGGAAAAGGAUAUGGACAUUUUGCAUUUCAUUAAAGCAACUAUUAAAAUUAAUUCCCCAGGCGACGAAUAUGAUGUAGAUGAGGACAAUGAAGACGAAGACGAAGAAGAAGAAGGCAGUGAAAGCAGAGAUGAAUUCAGCGAGGAAACUCAUGAAGAAAUCCAAUUUGAAGACAGUAAAAAACAAGAGGAGGAAGAAAGUCCACAUGAAAAGAAGACAUCUCCUUACGAUGCAUAUGAAGAUGAAGAAGCCGAUGACGAAGGAGGAGAGGAAGAAGAAGAAGAACAGAGACAGCGACAGCGCCAUCGAAGAAAUAAAAUCAACAUCUUCAGAUCUAAGUAUUCAAAAUUAUUAAAUCAUGUAACUAAGAGGUGGCAAAGACUGAAGAUCCUGAUUGAGGCACGUCAUGAAAGAUUUGAAUUGGCUGCAACCUUAUCGAAAUUUCAUACUCUCUUUCAAAGCACUAAAGAAUGGAUUAUUCGCAAGAGAGAAUUGCUUAUUUCAACAGAUGAUUUAGGCACAGACUUAAACAGUGUUAUGCAAUUGCAAAGAAGACUAAUGGGAUGGGAGAGAGAUUUUAUCGCAUUACAAGGUGAAAUUGAACAUUUAAACGUUGAAGGUGAAAAGCUGGCUAAAGAACUUAUUGACGAAGCACCGCAAAGAAGGGAUUUAUAUUUGAUUUCUGGUGAGCUGUAUGCAUCAAAAGAAGUAGGGGAGUUAAGAAAAGAAUUAAAUAAAGAGUGGGAAUCAUUGCAGUUGGAGUUAAGAAAUCGUCAAGAUAAACUGCUUGCUUCAGCUGAAUUACAACAAUUCUUCCAGGGUUUAGAUGAUAAUCAACUGUGGUUGCGUAACAUUGAAAUAAGUGUAGCAACCCAUCAGUUGCCCCAGUCUGUUGAAGAAGCGAAAAUUGAACUAGAUUUACAUAAAGAACUCGGUGAACAGAUUUUAGCACGUAAAGAAGAAUUUGCUGACUUAAUCAGUUAUGGACGAUGCAUUACAGCCGGUGAAACUGAUAUCCAUUAUGUACAGCUGGAUCAACGAUUAGAUAGAUUAGAAAAUGGCUGGUCUGAAUUAAUGCAAAUGUGGACAUAUCAACAAAAAUUAUUACAGCAAGACGUCAAAAUUCAAACUUUCUUUCGUGAUGCGCAUUCAUUUGAGACGUUGUUAUCAACACAGGAAAAUAAGCUAAUGAGCUAUCAGCUGAUAAAACAAAAGGAUACAACAACAAUACUUUCAUCUUUGGAACCACAAAAUGAAAUUGUUCAGUGUUUAAUUAAAGCUGAAGAGACAUUGAAUUAUUUAUGCGACACAGGGAAUCAAUUAGUCUUUGAACGAGUAUAUUCAAUGGAUAAGAUACAAAAUAAAAUCUUUUUCAUGAAAAAUAGGUAUACCAAACUGCUCAGUGAGGCUCGUGAACAAGUGGAUUCAACUAAGGACAUGAUAGCUCUUCGUGAAGAACUUCAACAAAUUCAAAUUCUACAAGAAUGGCUAACUGAAAAGAAAGAAAUCACUGAAGAGUGGGAUGAAACUGGUGUUUUAUCGAAAAAAGACUCUUUAAUCCCAUACAGAGUAUUUGUAAGCAGACAGUAUGCUCAGCAUCGCCAACUGGAAAGUGAACUUGAAUUCAACAAUGAGCGUGUUAAACAAGUUUUCCAGGCUGUGGUCAACACUAUUGUUCAGUACCCGCGAAUUGCAGAUCAGCUCAGUGAAGCUCUGGGCAAUUUAAUGGCAUUAUGGGAGAAUUUACGUAAAUCUAUGCGGGAAAGGGGAGCUUAUAUGGUUCAGUUACAUAGAGGAAUUAUAUUUGAAGAUGGAUGCAACGAGUUAAAUCGCUGGUUAGAUAAAUUCUUUUUGAAGAUUCUCACACGUAGACCACCUGAUAGUUUUAUAAAGUUUCAAGAGGAACACACUGAACAAGAUCCUUUAGUAUUGAUUGAAAAUCUGUUGGAGUAUUUAACAGAUGAAUGUGGUUUAAAUUUAAUUGAUGAAACAGAAUCUGUUGGUAAAAUACUGGAGGAUCUUUUACAAAAUAGAUAUAUGCAGCAUAGCUGGACGAAAAAAGCCAAUGAACCUGUUUGUAUCAGUAUGAAUGAAGCGAAUUUACAUUUAAACAAAAUUACUGAACAUUUAAAUGAGUUGGAUUUAAAAAAGAAACUGUUAGCUGAACUCUAUGAACAUUCAAAAGUUUUGUCAACUCUCGAUAGUCAAAUGAAAAAAUCUGAAAUAGAUCUAAAAAUUCAGCGAUUAAUCAGAAAAUUCUGGAAAAUUCAAAUAUUUAUUCAUCAACACGCUGAAGAAUUGAAAGCACAAAAGCACAUUUACCAACUUUAUAGAGAUCUAGAAGAUGAAAGAAUUUGGACACAUGAAAAACUUCUACUUGCUAAUGAUACCUACAUAGGCCGUUCUCUGUUUGCCGUAAAUCAACUGAUUAGACAACAUCGACUUCUAGUGAAUGAAGUCGCCAACAGAACAAAGAGAACAGAGAUUACACUUCAGGAGUCGGAUAAAAUAAUUACACGGUUUCAAUCUGUAUUUCAAGAAAUCUCGAACAAUUCCUUUACAAGUGGUCAACAUUCUACUCGGAAAACGAUAUCAGAAAAGCGAACUGGGGAAGAAACUAAUGAAUGCGCUGAAAUUGAAUUAUUGACGGACACUGGCAUUCAUUAUCGAAUCCCUAGAAAAAUUCUUAAUGAUCUAUAUACAACAGCUAAUGAAUUUCGUCAUGAUUUGAAAAAUUUAGACAACCGACUGACAAAGCGUACAGAUCGUUUAAACAUAGGCUAUCAGUGUUUUAUGCAUCUCACUGAGUUCGCUGAAUUACGCGGUUGGUUGCAAGAGUGUGAAGAUCUGUUGCUGUUGGAAUCCAGAGCUAGUCGGGAUACAAUUACGGCUAAAACUGAACUAAGAAAACACGCUAAUAUAGAAUUUCGUGUAAAUAAUUUACUGGCGAAUUGUGUUCGAGAGUUUAAUGAAAAGUCAUUGAAACUACUGAACGAAUUCACAGAGAGAAAAGAAAAGCUGAAGAAUCAACUGGAAUUAGUAAAAACAAAUGAGAGUUUAGAACAAGGCGUUAAACACUAUUCUCAGUCUACAAUUUCUCAUACAGCUACAGGCGAGCUAAAAGGUAGUUCAACCGAAAAUUUAGUUAGUCGACGUAAACUUCGUGGUCAAAUUAAACAAAUACGAAAACGUGUUCAAGUGAUACAGUCGAUUCAACAAAUUAUGGAUCGUCAAUAUGCCAGUCUGAUAGAUGUAUGCGUACAGAAACGGCAAAGACUGGAAGAAAUUUUAGCACUGAACAUUGUUUAUGAAGAAGUUUCUGACUUAAAGAAUUGGCUUAAUCAACAAAUUCUCAUGGCUUCAUCAACGUACACUGGCCGUAACUUAAACGAAUGCGUACGAAUCAUUAAUCAAUUUGUGAAUUUUGGUGGAAAUCUUUUAGGCGAAUCAUUUGCAAGGUUUGUAGAAGCUGAACUGCGUUCACUUGAUCCUAUUGCAUCGUCAGAAUAUACGAUGAAUAUAAGUGAUCAGUUUGUACAGUCGCCUGGUUUGGCUGCUGAGCGUAUUGAACGAGUAAUGAAUAUGUGUCGGUGUUUAAUAUGCACAAAACAUUCAGAUUCACCACGUAUUGCAUUUUGGCAAGAUAUCCUGUCAGAAACAUGGGCUGAUCUACGUGAAUUAAUCAAUUCAAGAGUCAAGUUAUUGGUUACAGCUGCACAUCGAUUUGUUUUUGUAACUCGAUGUUCAGAAACCCUCAAACUUGUUCAGGAAAAAUCAGACCAGUUGAGUCAGUCUAUAGGCAAGGACGUUCAGGUUAUUUGUAAACAGCUAUCUCUUUUGUCCGCAUUUGAACAGGAUGUACAGGCUCUGGAACCAUUGGUUAAAUGGGUGGAAAAUGCAGCUGAUUGUCUUCUCCCGUUGUAUUCUGGACAAUGGGUUAAACGAUUACGCCAACCAAGAGAUAAUCUUCUUUCUGUUUGGCAUCAACUAAAAGAAAGAACAAAACUACGUCGGAUACGAUUAAAACGUGCUUUAGCUUUAUAUCGUUGGAUAUCAAAUUUGGAUGUAUUAUUCAACUGGAUCAAAAGCGUAUCUGAGUGCUGUAUUUAUUAA